UUAUUUCAUUAACUAUUUCACAAUUAAAAAGAAAUUAACAUCCAUUUUUCAAAGCGUUGAGUUCCAGAUUUUUGCUUUCCUCCUGCCCUUCCUCCACUCCUGAGAAGGCAGACAAUAUGAUAUCGGAGUCAUGCAAAGCAUUUCUGUGUUAUGCAAAACAUUUUUCAGAGUAGCCACAUCGAAGAAAAUACACCAGAAAAAUAAGGUGUAAAAAUCUGCUUCCCUCUGCUCUCAGAGAUCAUCGGUUCUCUCUCUGAAGGUGGAGAGCAUUCACGGAAUGGAACUCACAGUCAAAUCAUGGACUGGGGGUACAGAACCCCUCAGGAAGCUUCUGUUCUACUUACUAGCCCUCUGACCCCAGGCAAGUCAUUUAACCCCUUUUGCCUCCAAAAGUAAAAAAUACAUUUUAAAAAUUUCUAUUGGAGAAAAGUCACAUGUGUUUUGUUGUAAACAUAUGGCACUCCAUUAUUGUAAGUGGCGUUUUCUUGGCCAGGGUAGAGAGGUUUACAGUUUCCUCCUCCAGUAUACAGCAGGUAUUUACUAAAUACUUACUGACUGAUUCUACCUCUCUGACCUUGUGGACAUAGCGCCCCAAUACUGUCCAGGGGAUUUUCUCUGUAAAGAUACUGGAGAGGUUUGUCAUUUCCUUCUCCAGUAGAUUAAGACAAACGGGACUUGCUCAGGGUCACACAAGUAAUAGGUAUCUGAGGCUGGAUUUGAACUCGGCUCUUCCUGACUCCAGGCCUGGUACUCCAUCCACUGAGCCACCCAGCUGCCUCCUGACAGAUGUAUUCAGAUAAAUAUUAAAUGGACACAAAGUAAUUUGGCAGCGAAACAAUAAGGAAGAACUUAGGAUAGUAUAGAACCUAACAUAGUAGAACCUAGUAUAUAUACUAGUAUAGUAUAGAAUUUAGUAUCAUAUAAAAAGUAUAGCCUAGAAUUUAGUGUAGCAUAACAGGUAUAAUAUAGAACCUAAUAUGGUAUCUUAUAGAAUUUAGUAUAGUAUAACAGGUAUAGUAUAGAAUUUAGUAUCAUAUAAAAGGUAUAGCAUAGAAGUAUAAUAUAGAUACAGGGGUCCUCAAACUACGGCCCACGGGCCAGAUGCAGCAGCUGAGGACGUUUAUCCCCCUUCCCCAGGGCUAUGAAGUUUUUUUAUUUAAAGGCCCACAAAACAAAGUUUUUGUUUUUACUAGAGUCUGGCCCUCCAACAGUCUGAGGGACAGGGAACUGGCCCCUUAUUUAAAAAGUUUGAGGAUGCCUGGAAGGUAAUCGGUCUCAGGCUGAGUUUGGAAGGGAACUAGGGAUUUCAAGAGAAAGAUGAAGAGGGAGAGCAUUCCAAACAUGCAGGGAAAGUUAGUACACAUCAGAGGGAAGAUGUAUUGUCGUGUACGAGGAACAGCCAGAGAGCAGUUUGGCUGGAUUGUUCAGACUGGCUGGAAAGAUCAAUCGGAACCAGACUCUGAAAGGCUUUGAGAGCCCAACAGAGAAGGCAGCCUUUUAUCUUAGAGGCAGGAGGGAGCCACAGGAGUUUCUUGAGCAGGACAAGGAGAGGCCCAGACCGAUUGGACAGCGGUGGGUUGAAAGGGGAAAGAAUUGAGGCAACUUGCAGUGGGACAGUUAAGAAGUCCUGAGCCCUGGGGUAAAGAGGAAGUGUGGGAAAGACAGUGAGCACUAGAGGCAACGAGAUCUAGCCACAAAUUGGAUGAGGGGAGUGCAGAGUCCAGAGUGACUCUGGGGUCCCAGAACCCCUCAGUUCGUGGUGACUCCCUUCUUAUUAAAUGUCCUUGGAGGUUGGCACAGCAUCCGGCACGUAGGAUCUGCCUGAUGCGUGGAUCAGAUUGGAUUGGCUUAGAAAGGGAAAUAGUGCUCUGAACACAGAUGGGGAAGUUAGGGCUAGUGUGAGGUUGGCGGGCAAUGAGUUCUGGUUUAGACAUUUUGUUGUUGUUUCCUUGUUUUUAGUGUAUGUCCAACUCUUCGUGAUCCCAUUUGGGAUUUUCUUGGCAGAGAUAUUGGAGUGGUUUUACCAUUUCCUCUCCCCAGCUCAUUUUACAGAGAAGAAAACGGAGGCAAGCAGAGUGAAAUGACUUACCCAGUGUCACCCAGCUAGGACGUGUCUGAGGUUGGAUUUGAACUCGGGUCCUCCUGACUUCCAGCCCAAACUUGGAUCCACAGCACACCGAGCUACUCCUCUAUAUCCAGCCCUAGCUUCUCUCCUAAAGACUGAUCCUGCAUCUCCAAUUGCCAACCUGCCCAACAUUUCCAUGUGGCUGUUCCAACGGCCUUUGGUAGCACAGCGGAUAGAGUCAGGAAGACCUGAGUUCAAACCCAUCCUCAGACACUUCCUAGCUGCAUGACCCUGGAGAAGUCCCUUCAUCCCAUCUGCCUCAGUUUCCUCAUCUGUAAAAUGAGUCGGAGAAGGGAACGGCAAACCCCUUCAGUAUCUCUGCCAACAAAACCCCAAGUGGGUCACAAAAAGUCUCACACACACAUCCACAUGGAGAUGACGAUUAAACCUAUGAGAGCUGAUGAGUCAGAGAAAAGAGGGGGCCAGAGCAGAUCCCAGAGGUAAACGGCUGCAUGCCCAGAGUCCUAGACGUGAAGGAUGAUCCCAGGGAGACUCAGGAGGCUCAGAGCUUCCACAGGGAGGUUGAGGUAGAGGAUCCUGACCAGUGGUCAGGGUCACCAAAACCAAGGAGAAAGGGGUGGUGACCAGCGUUGGAACACUGCAGGUCAGCCAGACCUAAGAAAAGCCAAUAAAAUAGUCCUCAGGAAAGCAGUUUCAGCAGGAGGGGGAACGGCAGCUGGAUUUCCAGGGGUUGAAAAGUGAGUAGGAAGUGAGAAAAUGGGGGUGAAAAUGGGCCAGGAGUUUUGUUUUCCUCUGAAAGGGGAGAUUUAGGACACUCGCUUGAGGGGAUGUCGAAGCAAAUUUUUUUUUAGACUUGGCCACGAUCUGGUUAUGUUUAUGGCGAUGGGGCUAAAAAGAAGCUGGAAAUUAGGUCAAGAGAACGGAACAGGCUACGGGAAGAGCCAAGCAGCAUUAGGAUUCAGCAUGAGGAGAGGGCGAAGGGAAGGGCCCCCUUAUCCUCUGAGAUGGGGCCCAAGGGAUGGGUGGUGGUGAACUGGAGGUGAUUGGAAGCGGAGAAUCGGGGAGAAGAGGGAGCUUCCUUCAGUGACGUGCAGGCUGAGGACCAUCGCUGGGGUGGAAAGGGGAGUUUAAUGUGGAGGCCACACACGGGGUGCGAUGAAAUGUGUGUGGGAAACCCCUGGUUCUUGAAAUCCUUUCAGAACCUCCUAGAGCUAAAAGCUACUUUUUUAAUAAUCCCAAAAUGGUUUAAUUUCUGAUAUAGUAAAUAUGGGGGCCCAAACCCAUGUAAACCAAAGUUCUAUCGGGGAAAGAAAGUGUAUUCAUUCUUUUUUUUUUUUUUUUAAGACUUAACUUUGAGGAUUACUAUAUAGAGAAUUCGUAGCUCCCAAGCUUGAGAGAUCCUUAAAGGUCACUCAUCCAAUCUCAUUUUCCAGAUGGGGAAACUGAGGCCCAGAGAAAAGAAAAUAUUCAUCCAGGUCACAGGAGCAAUCACUUGCCAGAAUAGAUAGGGAAUGCAGCCAUGAGGGAUAAAGUCUGUUCUAUUCACACAUUCAGACAUCGGGAGCAGGGCUAGAGGAGAGUCCCCACCAUGGGCCCAGCCUGCCACGGCAGUGGAAAAGGAGCCGCUUCAGAAAGUGGGGUCAUGGCUAUAAAACGGCCAAAACAAGGGGUCGGAGUCCAGAAUCUCCUCGAGAAAGCUGCCGAGCGGCUGAAGUCCCUCACGCCCGUCAAGUUCACCAUCUCCAGCCGAACGGACACUGGCGUCCACGCUCUGGGGAACUCUGCCCAUCUGGACAUUCAGCGCCUGAGUGGCCGACCCCCUUUCUCACCCGAUAUCCUCACGUUUGCCCUCAAUAGCCACCUGGAGCACCCUGACAUCAGAGUGAUCCGAGCCUUUCGGGCCCCCGAUGACUUCCAUGCUCGCUUUGAAGCCUCAUCAAGGACCUACCUGUACCGGGUGGUAACCAGCCCCUCCUUGGACGCCCUCUCCGUGUUUGACCGGAACCUGUGCUGGGCAGUGAGGACUGAUCACCUGGAUGUGGCGGCCAUGCAGGAGGCCGCCCGCCAUCUCCAAGGCACCCACGACUUCCGGGCCUUUAGGUCAGUGAGUGACAAUGACUGGAAGAACCCUGUCAGGACCCUGCUCCGGGCCUCGGUGGCUCCUGCGGCCGCCAGCCCUUUUACCCAUCCCCAGGAGAAGAGGAAGCUGCAGUUCUGGGACAUAGAGUUUGAGAGCAAAUCCUUCCUCUACAAGCAGGUGCGGAGGAUGACGGCCUGCCUGGUGGCCGUGGGGCUGGGGGCCCUGACCCCGGCCCAGGUGAAGGAGAAGCUGGAGAGCGGGGACCCCCAGAGCGGCCCUCCCUUGCUGGUGGCCCCCGCCCGGGGCCUGUUCCUGAAGUCGGUGCACUACGAUGGCCUCGACUGGGGCCCUGGCAAGGACCAGUACAAUCGCCCGUCUGACCCAGGAGGCUGCGGGCCAGGAGCCGUGCCCGAGGCGCCCGGGCUCUGAUGGGACCAGGGAGGCCCCGGGACUCGGUUGGGGCAAACACAGGGCAAGCGCUGGGCCCGGUGGCGGGCGGCUGAAGUGCUCCUGUGGGGGCCUGUGGGAGCCACGUCCUGGCGGCCCCAAGGGUGAGGGGCGGAGGGAGGCGUCGCGGGCGCUUUUCUGAGGCUGAAGUUUCCUGAGGCUCUGAGGCCGGCGGCGGGUGCUCGGCCCGGCUCCUGUGAGUAGGGGUCUGGGGGCGGGGGCCGUCGCAGGUCUCCCCGCUCCUCGUGGGCCACUCAGACCCGAGGGGUCCCUCGGUGGGGAGGAGCGUGCUGGCAGCGGAGGCGGGAUCAGGGGCCUGACGGGCGCCGAGCACUCGCUCCUCCCUCUGACCCCAGAGUGGCCCUGCCACUGCCGGCCCCGAAUGACACGGAAAGCCCCUCGGCCCUGGGUCUGGGGGCCACCAGCAGCUGGCCGUGGCCUACAGUGUGGUCUUUGCCCUGGACCUGGCUGGGAACGUGGCGGCCGAGGCGCUCGGGGCUGGCCUGCACUGGGCCUUCCUCUACCUCGGCACCGGCUCGCUUCUCUGCCAGCUCCCUGGCCCGGCCCUGGGCGCGCCUCCAGCUCAGCAGGACCCACUGGGCCGUGGGCAGCGCGGGGCUCUGGCUGGAGCUGCGGCCGGUCCCCUGGCCCUGGGCGGCCCCAUGUCACAUCGGCCCCGACAACCGCACCUCCUGCUUCGAGAACUUUGUGGCAGACGCGGGCUCCUACGCGCUGGUGGGGGGCUUCCUGCGCCUUCUGUCGCCAUCCUGAGCGGCUGCCCGCUGCUGGCCUGGCGCGUGGCCUCCGGCCGCAGGACCCGGCGUGGGCGUGGGGCCCUCAGGACCCUCAGCUUCAGCGUGCUCAUGUGCACCGUCUGCUUGCUGCCCUCCCUCUGCCACCUGCUGCGCCACCUCGGGGGCCCCGACCCUGGCCUCAGCCCCUCGCCAGCCUGCUUGGGGGGAGGGGGCCCUGCCCAUCCACCCCUCCAUGUGCCAGGGCCCGAGGCCUGUGCCAAGGGGGCUGCUGCUCCAGGUGAAUAAAAGGCAAGGAAGCUCUUGGGA